CGAACUCGCCACAGAACUCAUUACUGUAGACUAAAGCUUCAUCAAGCCACAAGAUCCUUUCAGGAAUGGCUUCACUAUCAUCGCUUCCGCCCGAAAUAUUCAAUGCUGUACUUGAUGGUCUUCAUGGGCGUGACGUUACAAAUCUACGUCUGGUUGGCCGGCGUAUAAGUGCUCUCUCGAAUCACCAAUUCGGACUCAAAUGCCUACCGGAUCUAUCUUUCACAUGGUCGCCCUACAGUUUGCAAGGCUUGCUCGACUUGAGUGCCCAUCCACUGGGUCGAUAUAUCAGGCGCUUGACUUUUGCGACUCACUUUGUGUAUGCCGAGCAAUUCACAGAUGACCCGGAAAAAUUACAACAGCUCGAACACAAGACCAUGUUCGAACAGUGGGAUGAACGACUGAAGGUGGUGGUGCAAGCACUGGAGAAUCUCAAGCGGCAGGGUGCGCAGCCUACCUUGGGAGUAUACGAUAUAUUGGUGCCAUGGAUACCUCUGGACCACGACGACGAAGACAGCGACCAUAACAACAGCGACAACAACAGCGACAACAACAGCGACAAAGAUACUGUCCCCCAGAGAAAGGGAUAUGGCUACGAAAAGUUUUAUGGCAAGAUUGAGCAGGGAGUCAACCCGCAAGCAUCCAAUGUUCACGCCGUACAAUACGUCUUGAAAGCUGCACAACAAGCCAAUCUCCCCAUCAGAGGAUUCCAAGCUCAUCUAGACGAUCAACUGCGACAUGCAGUCAACAUCACAGACGAAUUCCAGAUCCUCAAAGAUCAACAUCUAUGUCCUCAGCCCGGGCAUCUCGACCCAAACUUUGGACGUUUCGUCAUAACCUCUGGCUGGAAGCUCUGGGAGACGGCACCAACCCUGAGGUUUCAAUCCUCCAUCGACACCAAACGCCAGACAUAUGAGUUCUUCACAAUACCUCCCAAACACGAUCCCAUGCUCCGACAAAUGAGCGUCAAGUUUGGAACAGUGCCUCAACGCGGUCAAACAACACUAGAUGGUGCUUUGAUGAUAACCUCUACACGCAUGCACGACUGCCUCCGAGAAAUCCGUCUUGCCUAUUGUAGCACGACUGUAAACUUUCUGACCACUUUCCUGCGCGCUCAAUCAGAUACAUUGCGGAUACUGUAUCUCGAACAUGUCCAUCUGGAGGUCGCUGAGCAUGGUGAUGCAGUGGCAGAUGAGGCUAAUCAGACCGGUCUUGAUCUGUUCCUGGCUUUGAGAAAUGAUUUGCAGCUCGAGUAUUUGAGGAUGAUGAGGUGUUGUAGUCUUUAUGAGCGGUCGAGAUUGAUAGGUGGACAUGACGAUACGUGGGUCGGGAGAGAAGAAAUUCAGGAGGGUUUGCAGAUAUACAUCAAGAGGGAAGAAGACGACGAGCAUUCGGUGGACUCUAGUUGGAGUUCUGAGGAUGAGGGCGAGUGGAUUUCUGUACAUCAUUCGGAAAAUGAGGAAGAAGAAGAGGAUGAGUUGGUGGCUCACUUUCUCGCGGGAAGGAAUGGUGAAGAGUCUACUGAGCAGCCAGAUGCGGAAGAAGAAAACAACGCUCAAUAAGAUCACGCUCUCCAUCUAUGAAGUGUGGCCACGCCUGCUGCCAUUCAAGAUUGAUCGUGCCUUCCAAACCGCCUUGAUGUGGCAUCGUGACAAUAGUUUGCCAAGCUGAUUUUGCUCGUUCCAUGGAGCCUUCAUCCAAGAUCAUCCUGCACCGGUGUCCGUCUCUCUACAGAAAAACAUGGCUCAUGUCUAUCAAAAAAACGACCUCAGCGCCGUAAUCCCUAUCAUUGUCACGUACUCGUGUAUCUAUCUCAUCGAAAUCUCCAA